CUCUGAAAAAAUGUCCAAGAAUCUGGUGGUGUUUAGUGUGUGGUCUUUUUGCAGGUACUGUUUUGUCCUUGGUUUGAGGAUUUCUUCUUGUUCUGGUAAAUUAUAGAAGAGUGAAAUUUUACUGGUUCAGUCUCUGGUGAAUCUGCCUGCCUCAAUUCAAUCUGUUCGCUUCUGUUUUCGGAGAUUUUUGGGUUGUUAAGGCACAGGUGUUGAUGUGGUGUACUGGAUAUUUUGAAUUUUAAUCGACGAGCAAGUUUUCAGGUCAAGAGAACGUAAACUAUUGAAACCCACUGCGUUGCAGGCUGUUUAAUCAACCCAAGAGGUGGAAUAAGUUGCAUCGUAAGACUGGGGAUCGAUCUUCUAUAUGUGGAAGGAUGUCUUUAAGAUCUCUGCUGUCUCAUUCUGUAUUCUAUAGAUGUUUUUAUUUUGAGCUGCACAGGCUUAGGGAUCAAUUGCAAAUCUUGAUUAUCACGAGGUCCGAGUUCAAAGCUUGACUACUGAGAGAUUCUGCAGCUGAGGAUAUAUAUUGUUUGCUUCUGGAAGACCAGGCAUUCCUGGUGACAAGGGGAUUAUACCUAUUUACUAGAGGAAUCAUCCAAGCCCUGCAAAUUGUAAAAUAUCAGUAGUUUUCCCUAUUGAUGCCCAGCUGGUCUGCCUUACCUUACCUUUGGUACUUUGUUUUGCUAUAACGAGAAUAAGGAAAUCUAAUCAAUUCAUAUCAGAGACUGUCUCAUUAGGAUCAGUGUUGAGGCUCCUUAUCCAGGCAGCAGGAUCAUGUAUGGAGCCAAUGGAAUGUAGAUUAUGCCAUCUCUGAAGGCCUGAAUAAACUAUCUUGUUUUGAUAGUUUGCCGCCAAUUUGGUUCAAGAUGAGGGGCCGUGGAUUGGUUCGUUCUUUAAUUUCAGUAUAUGAUGUAUUGCACAAAAGGUUGUCAAAUACUAUAGGAGUUCUCACUAACCAAUUCGGUCAAAGAACUUACAGCGUUGGAUCAGGAGGAUAUCGCAAGAUUGGGCAUCGUAGUUUGUGCUGCUUGGCAGCAAUCCUUCCGUUCAUCUUCCUAACUUUCAUUGCAAGUGAAGGAUAUUUUCAAACUCAUUUAUCGGAGGAGCUUGUUUCUUCUACACAGUUCAGUGCUGCAGUUAAUUCUAUCAUUAGUGGCUUCAAUUCAAAUUCUAGUUGUGAUGUUUUCAGUGGAAAAUGGGUUUAUGACAAGACAUACCCUUUAUACAAUGUCUCUGAGUGCCCUUUUGCGGAACAUGGCUUCCGUUGUCAGAACAAUGGCAGGAAAGAUCAAGAUUACAUGAAAUGGAGAUGGAAACCUCUUAGUUGCGAUAUACCAAGGUUUAAUCCAUCUGAUAUUCUGCAAAGAUUACAAGGAUUGCGAGUUGUAUUUGUUGGAGAUUCCAUGGCCAGAACACAAUGGGAGUCUCUUAUUUGCCUUCUUAUGCAGGGUGUAGCUGAUAAGCGAUCGGUUUAUGAAAUAAACGGCAAAAAAAUUACAAAGCUGGUUCCCUUUCUGCGUGUCCGGUUUAGUUCUUUUAACUUCACUAUUGAGUACUAUCGGUCGCCUUUUCUUGUACAAAAGGGUAGUCCACCUAAAAAUGUACCUAAAAGGGUUCACCGCACUCUUAAGCUGGACAAAAUGGAUGAUUCUAACAAAAGGUGGCUUGAUGCAGAUAUAUUGAUUUUCAAUUCUGGACAUUGGUGGACACCUACAAAAACUUACCAACUGGGGUGCUAUUUCCAGGUUGGGGACUCGUUAAAAUUGGGAAUGAAGAUUGAAGCUGCGUAUCAGAAAGCCAUCAGUACCUGGGCAUCAUGGGUGGAAAGUGCAGUCAACACAAGCAGAACCCAUGUCUUUUUUCGUAGCUUUGAACCUAGCCAUUGGAGUGGUUCCUGGGAUAAUUUAUCUUGCAAAGUAAGCCGACAGCCUAUCUCCAAUUUGAAAAGAAUCAGGGGUUACCUAUUGUCUCAGAUUUCAUGGGAUGUUAUAGCACGUAUGAAAGCUCCAGUGACUUUCCUGAAUGUUACAACAUUGUCUGCUUAUCGAACUGAUGCACAUAUUGGUAAGUGGAGUGAUAAGCCUGAUGUACCUGACUGUAGUCAUUGGUGUCUCCCUGGAGUGCCUGAUAUAUGGAAUGAGAUGCUUUUUUCCUCAUUUUUUAUGAGAGGAAGGCGAGUUUAGGAACAGAUUAUUGAUUGUACACUGAGAUAAGCAAAAGCAGCAAGGUCUAUUGCAUCAUCUAACUCUUUUGCUUAAAGCUCUGGAUAGAGUCCUGGGGACCUGAUGAUCCAUUCAUACAUCCCAUUGCCAUAGAAACUAACACAACUCAUUUGUUUUUGGUGAAAAUUGUCACACGUAUUCUAAGUCUGUAAAAUGUGGUUACAUUGUUGUGCCUAACAAUUGAAAGGACAUUUUAAUAAGCCAAGCAUGUAUUGGAAGGACAUUUUAAUAAGCCAAGCUUGUAUUGGAAGAACAUUUUAAUAAGACAAGCUUGUAUUGGAAGUACAUUUUUUAUAUCAUAUUGGAAGAUGCCUGUUUUUAACGGGUCUAUGUACCAGACAUAAAUAUUUAUGCAGAGUAAAUAAGAUUCUCUGUUGAGCUGCUGGCCUUUCGUGCUCUGUAAUUCUGUGUUUAAUAAAUUUUUACCCCUUUGGUGUCAAACACCACUUCCUGAA